AUGGAUGCUGCUGAUCGUCUUCUAAACAAUGAGAGACUGGGGGCACAUAAUUUAGAAGAGGAUCAAUUAUUGAAGAAGUCACAGCCUGGAGUGAAGAGUGACUUAGUAAAUGAGUGUAAAGUAUUUAUUAAGGCAGAGGAUGGCAGUGGAGAUGGACAAGUGAAUACUUUUGCAGCUAUGAUACCAAAACAGUCAGUUUCAGAUACACCUAAUUUUGCCACUUCAACACCAGACCCAAAAAAGGAAACCCCAUCUGAUGAUCAUGUUAUUGUUGAUUCUAAUCCGGAAUGUGAUAUGGAGGAUGGUAUAUCUGAAUUGCCGACAGAUGAUGGUCUUCCAAGCACAGUGACCGUGCUGGAUGCUCCUGAUGGUGGGAAAGUGUAUUUAGUGGGUACUGCACACUUCAGUAUACAAUCUCAAGAGGAUGUAUCCAGGGUAAUACAAGAAGUAAACCCACACAUUGUGAUGGUAGAAUUAUGUGAACAGAGAACUAAUAUUUUGUUAUUAGAUGAAGAAGUUAUACUUAGGGAAGCUAAGAACAUUAACAUUAAAAAGAUAAGAGCGACAAUGGCUCAGAAUGGCGUAUUCAACGGACUUAUGUACAUAUUGUUGUUAAACAUGUCCGCCCAUAUCACUAGGGAGUUGGGUAUGGCUCCCGGUGGAGAAUUCAGGCGUGCAAUGGCUGAGGCUAAGAAAGUUCCAGGUUGCAUUGUACAGCUAGGUGACAGGGCAAUAGAUGUCACUCUGCACCGAGCUAUUGCUUCCCUGUCUUGGGGACAGACCAUAAGGUUCAUCUGGCAUUUGCUCACGUCAAACCAGACUAUAAGUCUGGAAGAAGUAGAAAAAUGUAAACAGAAGAAAAUGUUAGAAGACAUGUUGGAGGAGAUGGCUGAGGAGUUCCCAGCAUUGAAGAGAGUGUUUGUGGUAGAGAGAGACAUGUAUCUCUGUCAUUCCCUGCAAGUAGCUGCUUUGCAACCGCGUCGUGAGCCUUGCCGCAUUGUGGGCGUGGUCGGUAUCGGCCAUGUAGCAGGCAUCGUGGAACAUUGGGGCAAAAUUAAACCUCAAGACAUUCCUCCACUACUCCAGGUGCCGCCGCCGUCUCUGUCUACGCGUGUGAUUCGCGUCACUGUACGCGUGGCGUGCAUAGGCGCUCUGAUCUACGCUGGUUAUAAGCUCAGACCUCGACGCUGGUUCCCUUGA